AUGCAUACGGUUUUACCUCAAUAUCAUCGUCCAGGCUCAGAUGUUCCGGGUUUCCCAGUAACGCCUCAGUCAGUUCCCGAAACUUCCGCCUCAUACUCUUCACACGGAAAGCCAGAUUUCAGGACUUAUGUGGAGCAUCCUGUAGACUCCACACAAUACGCCAACAACAUUACGCAGGCCGGUGCACGGUAUCUUGGCAAAGAGGAAGCAGAAACCGAGGCAGCCACUACGAGUCCCGGGUAUCCCCCAGUCAAAUCAAGAAUGGACCUUCACAAGGAACAAAAGACCAUGCACAUUGGUCCGGAUGAGAAUCCGCUCAGCCCAGUGUCCCCCAGCAGUACAAAGAACCUUCAGAAUGAGGACAUGGGAUUCGACUCAGUCAUUGACAAUCAUCUACCAGGACAGGCAAUGCAUGCCAGCCAACACAUUAAGGGUGGAACAUGGAAAUAUGGCUUGUGUGACUGUGGAGACAUAGGUGUCUGCUGCACUGGUGCUUGGUGCCCCUGCAUCGUUUAUGGCAAGACACAAUAUCGGCUUUCGCAGCGAUCCGGGAGAAAGGAUCCUACCAACUUGCUGGGAUAUUCGGCUUUCAACGGCUCUUGUGCCGCCUUUGCGCUCCUCUGCGGCUGCAAUCUCAUUUUGGCUGCAAUCCAGCAUUCUCGGGUGAGGAAGGUUUAUGAAAUCCCUGGUGAUGUGGGCAGCGACUUUGUGAGGGCAUGCUGUUGCUGCUGCUGCACUCUCAGCCAGGACGAAAAGGAAGUCAAGUUCCGAGAAAAUCAAGUCCGGAAAUCUUUGGGGUCGACUAGAGCAAUGCAGUAUACGUCGCCACAAGGUAUGACUUUCUCUGCUAUAACAAAGUGA